UUCCGCGGUAGCGUUGGCGGCAGUACGGCGCCGCGUCUGGGGAGUGGCUCUCCCCUCCCCCUCCCCCCGGGUCCUUGGCGGUGGCUCCUCCCACUGUGGGGGGUGCGGCGGCGGUGGCAUUUACAGCUAUGGCGGCGACUACUGCUAACCCCGAAAUGACAUCAGAUGUACCAUCACUUGGUCCAGCCAUUGCCUCUGGAAACCCUGGGCCUGGGAUUCAAGGUGGAGGAGCCAUUGUCCAGAGGGCUAUUAAGCGGCGACCAGGAUUGGAUUUUGAUGAUGAUGGAGAAGGGAACAGUAAAUUUUUGAGGUGUGAUGACGAUCAGAUGUCUAAUGAUAAGGAGCGGUUUGCCAGGUCGGAUGAUGAGCAGAGCUCUGCGGAUAAGGAGAGACUCGCCAGGGAAAAUCAUAGUGAAAUUGAGCGGCGCCGACGGAACAAGAUGACAGCCUACAUAACAGAACUGUCAGACAUGGUACCCACCUGUAGUGCCCUGGCUCGAAAACCAGACAAGCUAACCAUCUUACGCAUGGCGGUUUCUCACAUGAAGUCCUUGCGAGGAACUGGCAACACAUCCACUGAUGGCACCUACAAGCCGUCUUUCCUCACUGAUCAGGAACUGAAACAUUUGAUCUUGGAGGCAGCAGAUGGCUUUCUGUUUAUUGUCUCAUGUGAGACAGGCCGGGUGGUAUAUGUCUCUGACUCAGUGACCCCUGUUUUGAACCAGCCACAGUCUGAAUGGUUUGGUAGCACACUCUAUGAUCAGGUGCACCCAGAUGAUGUGGACAAACUUCGUGAGCAACUUUCCACUUCGGAAAAUGCCCUGACAGGGCGUAUCCUUGAUCUGAAGACUGGAACAGUGAAAAAGGAAGGUCAGCAGUCUUCCAUGAGGAUGUGUAUGGGCUCAAGGAGAUCUUUUAUUUGCCGUAUGAGGUGUGGCAAUAGCUCUGUGGACCCAGUCUCCAUGAAUAGACUGAGCUUUGUGAGAAACAGAUGCAGGAAUGGACUUGGCUCUGUGAAGGAUGGGGAACCUCAUUUCGUGGUGGUCCACUGCACAGGCUAUAUCAAGGCCUGGCCCCCAGCAGGUGUCUCCCUCCCAGAUGAUGACCCAGAGGCUGGCCAGGGGAGCAAGUUUUGCCUAGUGGCUAUUGGCAGACUACAGGUAACUAGUUCUCCCAACUGUACAGACAUGAGUAAUGUUUGUCAGCCAACAGAGUUCAUCUCGCGACACAAUAUUGAGGGAAUCUUCACUUUUGUGGAUCAUCGCUGUGUGGCUACCGUUGGCUACCAACCACAGGAACUCUUAGGAAAGAAUAUUGUAGAAUUCUGUCAUCCUGAAGACCAGCAGCUUCUAAGAGACAGCUUCCAACAGGUGGUGAAGUUAAAAGGCCAGGUGCUAUCUGUCAUGUUCCGGUUUCGGUCUAAGAACCGAGAAUGGCUCUGGAUGAGAACCAGCUCUUUUACUUUCCAGAACCCUUACUCAGAUGAAAUUGAGUACAUCAUCUGUACCAACACCAAUGUGAAGAACUCUAGCCAGGAACCACGGCCUACACUGCCCAACACAAUCCAGAGGCCACAGCUAGGUCCCACAGCGAAUUUAUCCCUGGAGAUGGGCUCAGGGCAGCUGGCACCCAGGCAGCAGCAACAGCAAACAGAAUUGGAUGUGGUACCAGGAAGAGAUGGACUAGCCAGCUACAAUCAUUCCCAGGUUUCUGUUCAGCCUGUGACAACCACAGGGCCAGAACACAGCAAGCCCCUCGAGAAGUCAGAGGGUCUAUUUGCCCAAGAUAGAGAUCCAAGAUUUUCAGAAAUCUACUCCAACAUCAAUACGGAUCAGAGUAAAGGCAUCUCUUCCAGCACUGUCCCUGCCACCCAACAGUUAUUCUCCCAGGGCAACACAUUCCCUCCUACCUCCCGGCCGGCAGAGAAUUUCAGAAAUAGUGGUUUGGCCCCUCCUGUAACCAUUGUCCAGCCAUCAGCUUCUGCAGGGCAGAUGUUGGCCCAGAUUUCUCGCCACUCCAAUCCUACCCAGGGAGCAGCCCCAGCUUGGACCCCUAGCACCCGCCCAGGCUUCUCUGCCCAGCAGGUGGCUACCCAGGCUACAGCCAAGACUCGUUCUUCCCAAUUUGGUGUAGGCAACUUUCAGACUCCAUCCUCCUUCAGCCCCAUGUCCCUCCCUGGAGCUUCCACUGCGUCACCCGGUGCCGCUGCCUACCCAAGUCUCACCAAUCGUGGAUCCAACUUUGCUCCUGAGACUGGACAGACUGCAGGACAAUUCCAGACACGGACAGCAGAGGGUGUGGGUGUCUGGCCACAGUGGCAGGGCCAGCAGCCUCAUCAUCGUUCAAGUUCUAAUGAGCAACAUGUUCAACAGCCAUCAGCACAGCAACCUGGCCAGCCAGAGGUCUUCCAGGAGAUGCUGUCCAUGCUGGGAGACCAGAGCAACAGUUACAACAAUGAAGAAUUUCCUGAUCUAACUAUGUUUCCCUCCUUUUCAGAAUAGAACUAUUGGGGUGAGGAUAAGGGGUGGGGGAGAAAAAAAAGAUCACCAUUUGUUUUUAAAAAGCAAAUCUUACUAUAAACAGAAUAAAAGUUCCUCUCCCUUCCCUUCCCUCACCCCUGAUGUAUACCCCCUUUUCCUUCUGACCUUUCCCUUGUCUUCCUUAUUUCUCUCUGAGAUAACAUUUAUAGAAGAAAUGGAGUGAAUCCUCAAGGCUUUGGGGACCCUUUGAAAAAUUGAGACUGGAUAAGGUUAAGAAUGCCUUUCCUGACGUCUCCUGACCAGAAAUUUUGUGCAGAGAUGAUUUGUGCUGGGUCAAGGGACAGGUUAGAGAACCUGGCAUCCACUAUUUGUGGAUACUAUGGCUUAUUUCUGGAAAGAAAUUCUCAAGGUGGAGGAGGGGAGAAAUGUCCUCAUGUUUGAGGACAGUGAAGCAUGGUAGGUAUACAUGGGGCUUUAGGAAGUGAGCAUAGGCUCUUUCUGCUGCCUGUGAGCAAUUCCUCUGGAAAGAAACAUGAGUAAGGAAGUGUGAGAGAGAGAGAGAGAAGGAAAGAGAGAGAGAGAGAGAGUGUGUGUGUGUGUGUGUGU